AUGCAACUACAGUUUUUCAGCUGGGGAGUUGCAGUGGUGGCCUUUGUGAGAAGAGACCAGGGACCGGCUCCACAUCACAUUGAACCUCUUCCAGUCUGUUUGAAAAAGGACCCACCACUGGCAAAAUCUGAUCCAACCAAUGACAAUGGUGAUGCCUCUGUGAUAUUAUAUUUAAGAAAGGCACAGGAGUCAGAACUGUUUCUGUUGGCAGUUUCUACUUCGGUUGUUACUGUAGCCACCACUCCUGCCAACCCAGAGGGGAAAGAUCCUACCAAGAGAGAAGGGCCCACCCUGCCACAAGCUGCUUCAGGUGUUUUUCUUUCUCUAAGCAGUUUUUGCCACGGCCGCAGACUGGCACCAUUACUUUUUGCACUGCCUGUUGCCUUUGGCUCACACCACAGACCGAGCGAGAGCCUGCAGUCUGCUGCUGCUGGCUGGUCUCUCACCACAUACGGAAAGGCAGUCCCUAGAGAAGCUAUGAACUGUCAUCAUCUCGUAAAAGCAUGGAAUUUACGAACUGUAUUCAAAUACUGGCAACACAUACUGGCUCAAAGUCAUGAAAUUUGGAGAGCACAAGCAAAGCAUAUUCAAAAGGAACAGACCCUAAUAUCAGAUGCUGUAAAAGUGCAGAAUGAGACAAAUACAAAGGGACGUAAAAUAUCUCAGACACAUUAAAGAAGAAACAAUUGAUCAACCAGAUAGGAAAACUGCAAAAUCAACACAAUAAAUGCAGUAACUUUAAAAUAAGCUAACUCAUCCA